UUGUCCACAACUACUCUCUCUCUCUCUCUCUAGAUUUUCACAAAGCGCACACAGUUACAACUUACAACUGACAGCACAAAUUGAGAGAGGAGGAAGAUUGGUGGAAAUGAGAAACAAGUGAUGCAAAAAAGAGAAUGAGUAAUGCAUUCCAUGGCUGCUGCAUUCUCACCUUGCUAUAUUCAUAACUGCAAAAUCAGUACUAAUUCCCCCCCACACUCAUUGCCUACUCACACAACCCCAUCUUACAAUUCUCUUGUCUUCCAGGCUGCAAGGCUAUUAGGCCCCCCAGCAAGAUUUGAAGCAUCAAAGCUGAAAGUUUUGUUUGAGGGAGAACAAGUGAGCAACCAAACCAGAGUGGUGCCAAGAACCUACACUCUCUCCCACUGCGACUUCACUGCUGAUCUCACGCUAACCGUUUCCAACAUAAUCCCGCGCAAUCAAUUGAAAGGCUGGUAUUGUAAAGAUGACGUUGUGGCUGAAUGGACGAAUGUGAAUGGCCAACUGUUCCUCAAUGUUCACUGCUAUGUCAGUGGACCAAAUGUGUUCUCCGCCAUGGCUGCAGAGUUCAGAUACCUCAUAUUCUCCAAGGAAUUGGCAUUGGUUCUUGAAGCCGUCUUGUGUGGAGAUGCAGAGUUUUUCAGAGAGCAUCAUCAACUAAUGGAUGCUUUAGUGAGAGUGUAUUUCCAUUCUAGCUCCAGCAAGUAUAACCGUAUGGAGUGUUGGGGGCCAUUGAAGAACGCUGCUCAGGGGAAAGGAGUAGAUAUGAUUAAUGGCUACUUGUAUGCGAGCAAGGAAACGUCACGUGCUCAUGGGUUUUGGGGGGGCCCAAAGUCGAUCUUUCAAGCACUCGUCACCUUCCUGCUGUGAGAAGAAGGAGACGAGCACGAGAGUGAGGGCGAAGAUUGAGCCAGUGAGGUUUCAAAAACACAUAAUUGGAUGAUGAGUUGAGUUUCAUAUCAGCAGUAAUUUGAUUCUUUGUGUAACUCAUUCAUAUGAUUUCUUGACUGUCAAUUCUUGUUCAAAGAAGAUUAUUUUCUCUUUUUCAUCA